GAAGAUGGAUAGAAUGCAGGUUUUUCCGCCAGCAUUUUUUUUCGUUAGAUCAAUCGUCAUCAGUUAUACCUUACAAUUUCCCAAUAUCCUCCAUUUCCCUCUUCAACAUCCUUCUAUGCUUUUCUUUAUCCAUCUACAUCUGAGUCAUCCUCUGUCUGCUGGCAUCUUACUCACUUCUAUGCUCUGCUAUCCUGAUAUGAUAUUUUCUAUGUCUUCCUUUUCGCUGGCCGUUCUCGUUCGUUUCGCCCCGUUGUGCCUGUGCCAAGGUGGCAUCGGGUAGCAGUAUGGAGGUCUGUUUCUCUUCCUCUUUCGUUCUUAUUCUCCUCGCCCCUUCGCCCAUGCCCAUGCCCGCCCCCGCUCAAGUCCUGACUGGAUGGCACUGUGCCAACCUGCCACCGCCAUCGCUCUCAUUUGUAGCUCAUCCCUUCGUUGCCCUUCCCCCUGUUUCUACAUCUCCAUCCCUCUCUCUUCCCCUCAUUUCAUUCAUCCACUUUCUGAAUCAUUUACCCUCUCUGUAUGUUUGAAAUGCUGCAUGUACGUACAUAAACAACACUGGUACAUUGAUGCAUAUACAACUUUUCAUUUCUUAAAUGAACGCUGCAAAUCGUCGGUCUUUGUUGUCAUUUGGGAGACUUUUUUGGCACCUGAAGGAAUGCUCUGACUGACUGCCCUGUAGGUAAUUACUGCGGCAGUUACUUAUUCCACCGAGACAAGAGGAGAAAGACGAAGAGAGCCCUGAGUUUGGAGAAAGCUUCUGUUGUUUUAAUUAACUUUUACCAACCCCCCAUCACGUGUGCUUCAUUUCACAUCUCUCUAAGAGCCUGGCGCAGGUUGUACUUGUUCAAACACGCACCAUACAGUAAUACAAUUGAUCCGAUUAUCAGUCACAUCGAUUGUGUACCAUUGACCUCGCCCACUUUACUAAGAUGACCCUUGCUCCCUUGUUUUUCUUUUUUUCUCUCCUCUUUAAAAUCUCUUGAGUCAAACAAAAGCUGCCAGUGGUGGUGGAGCUAUUAAGCAAAUACUCUCAUUAGUACACAAAACAUAAUGAAUAUGUAAAUGGUGUGUGUAAUUUAUGCAUGGGCUGAGAGACUUCUUCUCUUUUCAGUCUUCCUUUGUAUUCAUUCUAUUUAUAUACCCUUUUCCUUAAAAGUUCACACUCUUAUGCCAAUUUUCCUCCUUUCUUGGACCACAUCCUGUGAAUGAAUCCAUGGGAGACUUCUUGAGGUCUCACUAUUGUCUCUUUUAUUUUGUGUCUUUUUUGAACACAUUUCUCCUUGCCUUUAACCAUGAUUUGUAGAUUUUAAUAGUCUCUCAGAGUCUCUCUUCUUCUCUGUUUGCUUCUUUCUAUUCGCUGCCUGUCCUCUCCAAAACAAACCCCGCAGUGACGCAUUAAACCAACAACUGAGUGUUUGGACAAGGUUUUUCUUCCAGGAAUAUGAAUACUGAAUAAUCUAUCCAGUAAAUCACCUAAAUCACAUCCACACUUGACUGUGUUAAAUUCUGUGUUUUCCCUUUGUCCCUCUGCGACUGUGUUGAUCUUAAUGUGUGGUCCAAACCGUGUGGUAAAUUUAAAGGUGUCCUGAUAAACGGUGAGUAGCCUUGCUCCUGUCUAGGAUAAACACCUAUAAUACUCUGGCUCCCUUGGCAAUCACCAUAGCAACAAACCAUGGUACCCACGUGAGUUGCAUAAUAAGAUGUUCCCCAAGACCACAGACCAUAAAGCGGUGACAAACUAGACACCCACAAGCAGUGAAUGUGAAUCAAAAAAUAACCAGUCAAAUGUCAGACAUCACCUCUGACACAUUCCAGACCAAUCUUUUCUAUUUAUCAAUAGGCUUUCAUCUCACAGCACAGACUCUCAUACGCACACGCACCUUCUCUCUGUCUCUCUAGAUCUUAACAGGUGCUGAUGAGCCGCAGUCAAUGAUUGUAAUGAGCUAUCGAUCACCGUGGGAAAACAGAGGGACAGAGAGGGGUGAGGGAGGUAGGGGGAACCAGAGGACACACACACAAACAGAGGGAGGUGAACUGCCUGUUGGAAAAAAAAAAAACUUCAGAUGAACUAAAUGGAGACAAGCUACCUCAGACAGAGUAUCGAUACUUGCUUUAAUCAAGUCCUCAUCUACUAUUGUUCUGCUAAAAUAGAAUUUAUGGGCAAGUGCUUUCUGCCAGCACAGGUGAGAGGGAACUGUUCAACUCAGAGUGGCUUCUGGACCGAUUUGAUCUGCUCAGGAUGACCAUGCAGACAUGCUUGUCAUGACCGAGUCCAGAUGCCAGUGAAUGGCACUGACGCAGUAUCUCUAUUUUCCUCUCUUUUUGUGCUGUGUGCGUGGAGUGGAGGCAGACAGCUUUAGGGAAGGGGGAGGUGCGUUUGUAUGUGUGUGUGUGUGUGUGUGUGUGUGUCGUGUGUGUUGGCUGGCGUUUCAGAUAAUGAAAUGCAGCAGGGAACAAAGAGCUGGGGGCCCCUAUUCUCUGCGCUGCAGCUUCAUUUUCACUCCCGUCAGUCUAUGAUUCUUCCAUACCCGCUUUCUUGUGUACGUGUAUGUGUGUGUGCGCCUGUGUUUAUGUUUGUAUGAGCGGGUUGUUGUGUGCAUGAGUGUCCCCUCCUCCUCCUGUUAGUAUUCUGCAUGGCAGAUCCCCCUAAUGUAAUAACUGUGUCUGCAUGUCUAAUUUACAGCAGGAGAGAGUAAAUAGCCUGUGGUUAAUUACAGUACGUGUGUGUGUGUGUGUGUGUGUGUGUGUGUGUAUGCGUGUGUGUGUGUCUAUGCAUGUGUCUACAUGCGCGUGGGUGUGUCAGAAUGAUUUAUGAGUUGCAAAUAGCUACACCAGUGGCCCGUUUCUCCUCACUUAGUUUUUAAUCUGUCUUUCCAUUAAUUUUCCUGGAGACGUUAUUAUGGUUUUAUAACAGUGUGCACGAGGAUGCACAUGUGAGUGCGCGUAUGUGUUAAUGAGACAGAGGUGUGGACAUUUUGUGAGGAUCGAGACAACGCAGGCACCUGAGCUGCACUUUGUUUUGCCCCCUUUCUUUUUUUACUUCUCCAUUUCCCUUCCUUCCUUCCUCUCCCCUUUUUCUCUCUUCCGGCGUUUCGUUCACUCUCUUCAUUGAGAGCCACAAUGAACACAGAUCUUUAUUGACAGUACACGGUAGAACAUGGAAACAGCAGGUCAAUCCGUUUAGCCCAAGGGCCGAUACACCAAUUCACCAAUUUGUCAGUGUUAGUUUGAGAGAGAAAAGCAGCUAAUCUCUCCUCUCUGCUCUCUAUUGAUCACACACUUAGACUCCACUUCUCUGUCUAAACACUAUUGAUUCUCUCUCUCUCUCAAUCUCUUUCUUUCUCUCCCUCUCUUUCUGUCUUGCUCUCUCCACAUACCACAGCUCUCAACACAUCUUCCAUCCAUGCACACUGCCUACUUCUCAGAUAAAAGCCUAAAUAAUUGACACUGUACAGUAUGUCCUUGCACAUGAAGCUCCGAGUCACAUAUUAGAUAGACACUUGAGAAUUUUUUAGCAUGAACAAAAAUAAGACUUUGAGUUAUUUCUGUUAAUACAAUACUAUUAUAAAUGGUGCUUAUCAACUACAUGAGGCAUUUUAGAGUUUGGUCCACAAGUGUCACAAAUCAUUGUUCCCUGCUGCGCACAUUUAAAAGCUUAUGCAUGGUCUCAUUAAAAAAAAUCAAUUACUUAGCAACCCCUUUAUGGCGUGAAUACAGUCCGUGAUUAAAAAUUCACUGCUUGGUACACUGUCUCCUGGCUUUGUUUUUCAGCCUCACGUCAGAGGGUGCACUUGAAAAGGACCACAUUCCUGCCAAGAUGAAGGCAAUUCAGAUGAAACCGAGGAUCUCUAUUCGGUCAGAUAUAGCUUGUGGGGGCCCCUUUCAUGAAGCAUUUUUGUUGAUAGAAAUGAUUUGGUCAAGGAGAGCUCCAUUGAUUUACCAAAUCUGGUGUUAUCUUACUGUAUAUGAGAAGAUAACAGCAGGAAGAGAGAGAGAGAGGGAAACCUUUGACAAAAACAGACAUUCCUACAUGAUUUAUUAUCUCUAUAUAUCUCUAUCCAAAUGUCAAAUUAAUGAGAUGUAAACAGGGAUUCCCAAACUGUUACUCUUAUGCUGUAAAACAACAGCGUGGCACCCAUGGGUUCCUCCAUCCUCCCUGCAUAGCUGUUAUUUAUUAGACUUGUACACCCUCUACCGGUGAUAUUAAGUCAUUACAAACAUUAAGCUUUGCAGGUUACAAAACUCUGGCACAUGGCUUGUGUAACUGAAAAUCAGCUGUUGUUUGGUAACCAGUACUGAGGGUGUAGGUCCCAGGACGUGGAGCAGUCUGAGCAUUAAGAUAUGUGUUACUGUAUUUAUAAAGUGUGAAUUGAUAUCGUCACCUUUUCGGUUGAAGAUGCCUUCUCCAGUGGUCGGCGGCGCCGACGAUAGCAAAGCUGUGGUGAGAAAGAUGUUGAGGGAAGUGCUGGUGGGUCGAGAGGAUCCAGAGGGCUUCUUUGCGAUGUGUGUGUCCGUCUUGGGGCACCAGGAGACCCGCUCACAGUUUCUGUCCCUCAUCCAGCCCCUGUCCACGGCCAACAGCUCCCUCCACUCCGUCCUCACCUCCAUCUACCGGGAAUAUUUCACUAAGACUGAAGAGGAUGAACUGGAACUGGCAUUGACCCUCUCUCUACUUGACAUGCAAGAUCACCAGCCAUCAACCCCCAGCCAAGAGUCCCGACUUCAGCUACCUGGGAACAGACCAAAUCAGAGUAGCUCUGUUCAUUUGACCUCAGUGUCUAAUUCUCAAGGAAAUAGUUACACCCAGGUGGUUGAUGAAGCUGGCAGGAGAAAAAACACCAACUUGCCACAAACUGGACCCUGGGGCAAAGUGAGCCCAACACAGACCACCCGAGAGUCUGAGCUUCAGAAAAGCACACAUUUUGACAAAUACAAUAAGGAGACACCAGGAAUGAGUCAGACAGUGUGUGUCUCCAGACAGUCUGCCUCAUUCUCCAAGCAAGACACGGUUCGAGAAGGUGACCAGUUGAUGGAUUCAGGAGAGUUGAAUCAAUCAGAGAAAUCAAAACGCUCUAAGAACAGGCGGCAGCGACGUAAAGGAGGUAGCCAGCAGGUUGUAGGUUUGCCCUGCUCUCCAUCAGCGCCAGCACCUGUAUUGUUAUGGUUCCGCAGGGAUUUGCGACUUUGUGACAACCCUGCUCUCUGUGGCUCAUUGGAGAUGGGUGCACCCAUCAUUCCUGUCUUCAUUUGGAGCCCUGAAGAGGAGGAGGGACCUGGGAUUACUGUGGCUAUGGGGGGAGCUUGUAAAUACUGGCUUCACCAAGCCUUGUCUUGUUUCUGUUCAUCUCUGGAGCGCAUUGGCAGCCAUCUUGUCUUUCUCAAGGCCAAUGGAGAGGGGAAUGAGGCUGGAUCGUCUCUGCGUACCCUUAAAGAGCUGGUAAAGGACACUGGGGCGAGAACUGUGCUGGCUAAUGCCCUCUAUGAGCCCUGGCUGAAAGAGAGGGAUGACAUGGUGGUGUCAGCUCUGCAGAAGGAUGGUGUUGAAUGCAAGAUGUUCCACUCUUACUGUCUCAGAGACCCUUACUCUGUCAGCACGGAGGGAGUUGGACUCAGAGGAAUAGGUUCAGUGUCCCACUUCAUGACCUGCUGUAGACAGAACACAGGGUCCGCGUUAGGGGCUCCCCUGGAUCCUCCUGUAUCUCUUCCUACACCUGCCCACUGGCCUCUGGGGGUCUCUUUGGAAACGUUAGGCCUGGCACGCAUGCCCCGCAGGAAAGAUGGCACAAUGAUUGAUUGGGCAGCUAACAUUCGUAAGUCGUGGGAUUUCAGUGAAGAAGGAGCACACGCCCGGCUAGAGGCCUUUCUUCAUGAUGGUGUGUAUAGAUAUGAAAAAGAGUCAGGCAGAGCGGAUGCUCCAAAUACCAGCUGUCUGUCUCCCUACCUUCACUUUGGUCAGCUCAGCCCUCGCUGGUUAUUGUGGGAUGCCAAAGGGGCGCGCUGCCGACCACCGAAAUUUCAACGCAAACUGGCAUGGAGAGACUUGGCUUACUGGCAGUUAACACUGUUUCCUGACCUUCCCUGGGAAUCUCUCAGGCCUCCAUACAAGGCUCUACGGUGGAGCAGUGAUCAUGGCCACCUUAAGGCUUGGCAGCGAGGUCGAACAGGCUAUCCUCUGGUGGAUGCAGCCAUGAGGCAGCUUUGGCUGACUGGCUGGAUGAACAACUACAUGAGACAUGUGGUGGCGUCUUUUCUCAUUGCAUAUCUCCAUUUGCCCUGGCAAGAAGGCUACCGCUGGUUCCAGGACACUCUGGUGGAUGCAGAUGUUGCCAUAGAUGCUAUGAUGUGGCAGAAUGGGGGCAUGUGUGGUCUGGAUCACUGGAACUUCGUAAUGCAUCCCGUUGAUGCAGCAAUGACCUGUGACCCCUGCGGCAGCUAUGUUAGGAAAUGGUGUCCUGAACUUGCAGAUUUGCCCGAUGAGCUAAUUCACAAACCCUGGAAAUGUCCUGCAUCCAUGCUUCGACGUGCAGGUGUGGUGUUUGGCCAGACCUAUCCUGAGCGAAUAGUAACAGACCUGGAGGUGAGGAGGAGUCAGUCUCUGCAAGAUGUGGCUCUGGUGCGGAAAGAGUUUGGACAGUAUGUGGACAAGCGCACAGGCUGUGACUUGGUGCCUCUGCCCCCACGCCUAGUCUCUGAGGCCCUGGGGUUAUCGCACAGCACUGGGGGUGUGGUGACGGCAGGCAAGCAGUUCCUUCUGCCUGUUAUCACCCGUAUGGAAUUCAAACACCAGCUAGAAGAUCCGGAUGCAGAUGCUGCCUCAAAUCCCUACAAUGCUGUGUUGAAGGGAUAUGUGAGCCGCAAGAGGGAUGAGACCAUUGCUUUCCUCAAUGAGAGAGACUUUACUGCCAGUGUGAUGUAUGAGGGAACCCAGAGAAAGGAGAGGCUGGAGAGUGAUUAUCGCAGAAUGGAGGGACUCCCUCGACCUCCUGCGCCACGGGGCAGGGCGAGGCGAACUCCAACUGCCAAGGACAGGUUCUCUAUAGUACCUGGUGGGGCGGUUACAUCACUCAGGUGAUCCAGGGAUCAAAACAGAAAGGUUACAGGUUAUUAGAGGACAGACAGUUACUAGCUAUUAACUGCAAAAUGUUACAGUAAGAGCUACAAAGAUGAGGGGAUACGUUUUUUUACAUUUAUAUCUACACAGGUCCCAAAGACGUAGAGGCAAAUUAGUUUUCCUUUAGAAAAAAUUUGCUAGUGGGUUGCGAAAUGUUAGGAACAUUUUAUUGAUGAGUAUUCUGUAUAAUCUCAGGUAUUGAGCAAUGUUAUUAUAGUCCAGGUGAAAAACAUGGGUUCAAGUUAAGCAAAAUACAUAUGCAUAAAUACUACAGUUUACUUUUGUAAACAGCCUUAAAUAAACUGAGAUUUAAUCAUGUGUAUCAAAAGACUUCAAGUGGGAGGUGGUAUCAUGUUCCAAUCUUGUCUUGAAUUUUGGUUAUGGGGAAACCCUUUUGUAAACAUUUUUGUAAUGGGUUCUAAUUUUGGGCUGGAAUGUGUGUGUGUGUUUGUGGAUCAAAUGGAUUUAACAGAUGGUUGUCUGAAGCAGUUUACUUUGUAUUUAUCUUAAGUUAUACAAAUGAUAAAAUAUGCAAAUAGCAUUUAUAUUAUGUGAUGACCUGACAGGUGUCAAGCAUUGACCUUUUUAAUACCUGUGUAAUACCAGCAAUCUUAUGCUAUCACUUUUACUGAAAUGUUGACACA